GAGGGAGGACUCCAGACAAUGGCUGCUGCUCAUGAUUUGGAGAUGGAGAGUGUGAAUUUGAAUAUGGAGAGAGAGAACAAAGAGCUGGAAGAAGAGAAAACUUGGGUGGAUGGGGGAGGAAAAGACCCCCCCAAGGGUCGAAAGGUCCACAGGAUCGUCUCAAAGUGGAUGCUUCCGGAACCAGUCCGAAAAACUUACCUGGAGAGAGCUAACUGCCUCCCGCCCCCAGUGUUCAUCAUCUCCAUCAGCCUGGCCGAGCUGGCAGUGUUUAUUUACUAUGCUGUGUGGAAGCCUCAAAAACAGUGGAUCACCUUGGACACAGGCAUCCUGGAGAGUCCCUUAAUCUACAGUCCUGAGAAGAGAGAGGAAGCCUGGAGGUUUAUCUCCUACAUGCUGGUCCAUGCGGGAGUUCAGCACAUUGUGGGGAAUCUUCUUAUGCAGCUGGUUUUGGGAAUUCCCUUGGAAAUGGUCCACAAAGGCCUCCGAGUGGGGCUGGUAUACCUGGCAGGAGUGAUUGCAGGUUCCCUUGCCAGUUCCAUUUUUGAUCCACUCAGGUCUCUUGUGGGUGCUUCAGGAGGAGUCUAUGCCCUGAUGGGAGGUUAUUUUAUGAAUGUUCUAGUGAAUUUUCGAGAAAUGAUUCCUGUCUUAGGAAUUUUCAGACUACUGAUCAUCAUCCUUAUAGUUGUGUCAGAUAUGGGAUUUGCUCUCUACAGAAGGUUCUUUGUCCCUGAAAAUGGGUCUCCGGUGUCCUUUGCAGCUCACAUCGCAGGUGGAUUUGCUGGAAUGUCCAUAGGUUAUACUGUGUUUAGCUGCUUUGAUAAAGCACUGCUGAAAGAUCCAAGGUUUUGGAUAGCAAUUGCUGCUUAUUUAGCUUGUGUCUUAUUUGCUGUAUUUUUCAACAUUUUCCUGUCCCCAGCAAACUGACCUGCCCCUAAUUUAAGCCCAAUAAUAAAAGAGCCAUAUGAGGGAGAAAUGGAAAACUUUAUGAAGAAACAGAGUUCCAGCAAAUGCUAACAGUUUUAUAAAGAGUAUAAAACAACACCUAACUCAUCAGUUGCAAGCAAGGACUACUUACCAAAGGGCCUUCUGAUUAGAGGAAGAACCUUCUGAAUGCCAAGAGCAGGAAGAGAAAGAAAAAACACUAGUAGUAAAAACCAGAGAUUGGGUCUUCCAGGCACAUGGUAUGCAUGGAUAAAUUCUAUAAAAGAGAACUGGCUUUACUUGGAGGACAUACUUUGGAGACUGUU